GUUUUUGGUAUUAAUACGUCAAACAGCCUGAAGAACCUAGCAAGAGUCCCAAGUUCGAUCCGUAUUGAAGCGCGCAGAAGUUCCUAUACGGAGCUUACGAUCAUCCCAUCAACACACCAAUUCAUACUGAUUUCCAUAUUUCGCUUUGAUUGCAGCCGCCUUCUCAGAGCCGCAUAUCAUACUCCUCACCAACAUGUCAAUCCUCGUCCUCGGAUCAGGCGAACUCGGCACAGCCAUCCUCAACGCCCUCGCAUCCCACCCCUCCCGUCCACCCUCCUCCAGAAUCUCCGUCCUGCUCCGCCCCUCCACCAUAUCAUCACCUGACCCGUCCAAAUCCAAAUCCAUCGCACACAUCAAAUCCCUCGGCAUUUUCCUCGAGCCUAGAGACGUCGUCUACGACUCACUCGAAUCCCUCGCCUCCACCUUUGCAAAAUAUGAGACUGUCAUAAGCUGCACAGGCUUCGUUGGCCCCACCGGAACACAGCUACGCAUCUGUGAGGCUGCUCUCCUGGCCAAGGUUCCGCGGUACUUUCCAUGGCAAUUUGGCGUCGAUUAUGAUAUCAUCGGACGAGGCAGCACGCAGUCGUUGUUCGACGAGCAGCUUGAGGUCAGAGAUACGCUGCGGACUCGGAGCAGUGCUGAAUGGAUCAUCGUUAGUACUGGUCUUUUCAUGAGUUUUCUAUUUGUAAAGGACUUUGGUGUUGUAGAUUUCGAGGAAAAGAAGUUGAGGGCACUGGGGGGUUGGGAUGUUGAGAUUACGCUCACACAGCCGGAUGAUAUCGCGAGAAUGACGGCUGAGUUGGUGUUUGAGCCCCGUGGGGUUCCUAGCAAUGGUCGAAAUGUCGUGUAUGUUGCUGGGGACACUGUCUCGUACGGGACUGUGGCGGGCUUGGUUGAGGAACGGUUCCCUGAGGUUGAGUUCAGCAGGGAAGUGUGGAAUAUGGAGGCGAUCAGGGAUAGUCUUGCGCAUGAUCCCGGGAGCAACUGGAAUAAGUACCGUGGAAUCUUUGGUGCGGGCAAGGGGAUCUCCUGGCCGUUGGAGAAGACGUUAAAUCACGAGCGAGGUAUCAAACUGGAGGAUUUACGAACUUUGCUUAGGAGAAUGAAGAGGCCAGCUUCACUCGAAUAGGCGAGUUAAGCAUAAUUGCAAGGUUUAACAAAUUGAAGAUAUUCUUCCAAAGAUCAAAUAUACUCCUCUAAAGUCUAUGAAAACCAAUAAUAGAACAGUUAAUAGCAUUUACUCUAGAACAUGAUGUAUCCUG